AUGUUGCGCUCCCUCUUGUCGCUGGGUGGCAUCCACCGCGAGAACUAUGUUUUCCCGACCGUGGACCCAGCAGAGGAUGGCCCAGACUGUAAGAAGGACUGCGCUGACUGUACAACACAUUUCCCUCCGAAAGUAAAAGUCGAGACCUUGAAACCGCUGUAUGGGCACUUGAAACCGGUGAACACACAUGUCCUGGUAGCUACCGGCAAAUCAGAUUGGAAGCAACAUGUCGAGGACGAAAAAGGGAGCUUAAUGGAAGCCUUUGAUCGCACCUCUGCCAAAUCAAAACACGGAAGAAUAAUGGUCUCCGCAUCGAACCUCCAAGAACCGGACCAUGACACAGACUGUGGUCAUCAAAGGCCGAACGGAAGCACCGUGUUGCUUUUACCUUCAUUUACAUUUGUUGACUCAGUAACGAGCGAUGAUGUGAAAGAGCUCGUGGACUGCUUCAUCGACGCUCCGCAGUCUAGUCCGGAUGGAAAACCUGCCAGCUCUCGGUUACCGUCGCGGCCAUGCAAAUAUGAUUACGUGGUACUUCUUUGCUCUCAUAAACGGCGAGAUGCGCGGUGUGGUAUCACCGCUCCUUUGAUCAAGCGAGAGCUGGAACGACAUUUACGACCUCUCGGGUUGUAUCGAGAUGCAGACGAUGAACGACCGGGCGGAGUGGGGAUUUUCUUCGUUUCCCACGUGGGCGGCCACAAGUUCUCGGCCAAUGUCCUGAUCUAUCGGAAGAAAGAGGAGCAAUUGAUUUGGCUGGCAAGGAUCAAGCCAGAGCACUGCGAGGGUGUGGUUAAAUACACUCUCUUACAAGGGAAGUCUCAACAUGCAAUAAUGGCCAGCGUUGAUGUCUCAGAAAUUGCAACACUCUCAUCCAACCUACGAGCAGAACUGAAAGAGUGGGAGAGAGAUUUUGCAGCUGCCAAUGAAGGGAAAAAAGCAGAGCGUAGCGAUAUCAAGAAGGUUCCUGAAAUAGCGGCCAAAUAUAAGGAAUACUCACGACUUAAAUCCCUCGAAGCGUCAUCCAAACACGGGAAACAACGCCAGUCACAAGAUGUAAAGCCGGAUGACCGCCCCAAAAAACGCAAGCACGGGUCUCCUACAGGCCCUGGGAAUGACUACAACACGAGCUCUCCUCGCAAGACGACAAAGGGACCCUUUACGACGCCGUCAAAACCACGGGCGGAGAGCUCUCAUCCCUCCCAGGUUGACCCAUACGACUCACCGUCAAUAUUCCGCAGGCUAUUUAGCCCGUCUACUCAUCAACAGUCCUCCUCCCCGCUGAAGACAGCCAUUGGUCCCACUCCUCAAAGAGAUGGAAAGGCGCUUGGCCUGUUCGAUCUUCUCUCUGAUUCUGGUGGUAGUACUGUAACCCCCUCGGCUAAUAGGAUUGCAAGUAUCCAAGGGGCGGCUAUUCAGACUCCAUCAAAGCGAAGAACUAUGGAUACCAUUCCUGAAGAGGAAGAGGAGGAAGAAGAAAGCCCUAGAGCUGAACGGACGCCUGCUUCGUCAGGGAAAAAGUAUAUGCUCUCAACACUCUUUGCCACCCCAACAACGCUACGCUUUGCUGCCAUGGUGGAAAACGAGAACGAUCCAGAGGCAGGGGCUCAAGAAAAACGGUCCGAUGCAGAAGCAAAUCCACAAGAAACUGCAGAGUCGGACACACCAUCUUUCCUGCGACGAUCCAACGCCGCACGCUACGGUCCUACCAACUCCUCCAGUAAUGCUGGGGAAUUGAGUCCGAUGCCCGUGCGAAAGCCAGCGCAGUUCGUUGGCAAGGGUUUAUCGGCUUUAGUGCAAGGCCUACGAGACAUGGAAGAAGAGCAGUUGCAGGAUGAGCUAGACGUGCUUUAUGAGAUAGAAGCCGAACAAGCAGCUGCAUCAAAUGUCGAAGUUGGUGAUAGCCAGAUACCAGACAAUAACACCGGGCGGCCGUUCAAGAAGAAAGGCCAGAAGCGAACAACACGCCGAGUGCACAUGAAACCGGUCGUCUCGAAAUCGAAACCCGAACCGCAUUUAUCAGAUCCCCCCAAGGGAAAUGAUAGCAAUGAAAAGCAAAGCGACGACGAGCUCGCGGCAGUCCCAGAAACACAACGCCUAAAUUCCGAAAAAAAUCAUGAAGAGAUAUGGGCCGACGCCUUUGACGAUAUCGAUUCGCUUCAUACACUGUCCGAUGGAGAUGUGGACUCUGAUCCCGAGUACACAGAACAGGUCAAGUCCAUUACAAGGAGCAAGAGCUUUUCUGAGAAGAUCAAGGAGGCCAUCGGAGUCUCUGAGCCCCAGCCUAAAGACCAACAGAAAGCAUCACAGCCUCAGACCAAAACAGAUGAAAAUAAGAAACCACGAGAACGGAAGGUCAAUCCUGAAGCGCAUGCCAAUUACCGAUCAUUGAAAAUUCGAAACAGAGGUACCAAAGGCCGAGGCGCAGGACGUUUUCGCAGGAGGUGA